AUGGAAUCCUCCGCUUGCCCGUACUGCGAUUAUACGAAUAUUCAAAAGCAGGACGUGACCGAACGCCUCGUAGCAAAGCACACCACAGCCAAGCCCCAUUAUUGCACCUUCUCCGUCCCCGACGCGGGGCAAUGUCCUGGGCGGUUCAAGCUCGGGAAGAGUCUCAGCAUCCACAAGCGAGUCGUGCACGGCUGGAACUCGAAGACGGCGACGACCGAGGAGCACUCGAAACACAUGCAGAGGCAAGCACGACGAAUACAGCUCGCUCGUGCCGUCGCGGUCGCGGUCGCCGCACCAAGCGCACGCGUUCGCGCGGGCGCAGACGGAUCCGCCGAGCCGCGCGCCGCGUACGACUUCAUGAUCAAGCGCGAGGAGGUCGAGGCGACGAGCCUGUCUGGGUUGUGGCUGCGGACGCCUGAGGUGUCGUUCACGAUGGUGCCAGCCCAGCACGCAUGCGUGAAGCGCGAGCGGUCGGUGGUCCCCGACCAGAGGAAGCUGGGGCAGGAUCGGGUGCCGUAUGGCCAUUAUCAGGGAGGGAGGGAGGGCGCCUGGUUGUCGCGCACCUUUUUCGUCUCCACACGGCCGGCCGGGGCCUCCACCUUUUGCUACCCCAUGAGCUAG